GUUUGUCUGGCGCUAUGCCGGUCGGGAUCUCCCGUGGCUAUGAGCCGGGGAGAAUCCUUCUGCAGUUGCCUAUCAGUCAAAUAGGUACCAAACAUCGGGACCUGUCGCAAAAUGAGUCAGACCCCGAGCUGCGCAACGCUUCGGUGGCCCUCAGCGAGGCGGUUGCUGAGUUCGCGCUGAACCACGGGGAGGCGGCCGUGCAACUGGCGCGAGAAGCCCGUGACAUCUUCCAGGAGACUUCCGAAGGCAGAUCCGAUGCCACCCGCGUUUUGAUGGUGGCAUUGACGGAUGUUGAGUCACGACAAGAGGCCAUUCAGCUAGGUGAGGCGGCUUUGCUGGGGCUCACUUCGCCUGACAGCGAUGCAGAGAAACGCCGUCGCGCUCUGGUCUUGCAGUCCUUAGCGGAGGCUGCCGCCUUCAGAUGUCGUGGAGAGUUGAGAACAAAGGCUGUUAGCUGGGCAGAAGAGGCUAUAGCUAUCCAAAAGGAUUUGGGCGACAAGAUCAUGGAGGGAUACGCGAACUUAGCCAUGGCAUCAGCUCUGAUCCAGAAGGGUGUGAAGGCGCAUCAGCGGAAACACUACCAGAGGUCCAUCAAGGCCCUGAAGCUGGCCCUGGAGCUCUUCGCGCCGUCCGAAGCUUCGGACGCGGCGCCGGAGCUGUCGGCGCUGGCGCGCAGCGGCGAGGCAAGAGCCUUGCACGGCUUGGCCUCCGCCUGUGGACGCCUGGAGGACUUUCGUAGCUCCGUGAGCCGGGCACGCGAGGCGGCAGCCAUCUGGCAAGAGCUAGGCUACCGCAUGGAGGAGGCGUUAGAGUUAGAAUUCCUGGCGCGGCUGCAGUUGCAACUGGGUCAAUACAAGGAAGGUCGCAAGAGCGGGGAAGAGGCACUCAAGAUCUUCAUAGGUCUCAAACUCUCCAUCUGGCAGGGUGUGACCCUCCGAACCUUGGUCAAGGCUUUACUGCGUGGCAAGAAAGUUAAAGAGGCGCGAAAACUGGUGAACCGGCGCAUGGCGUUGUUCAAAGAGGCCGAGGACAUGGUGGGCAUCUGCGGCGCGCUGGACGCCACCGCGGAGGUGGUCAUGGCGGAGGGUGAUGCCGUGCAGGCUGCGGAGCUGCUGAAGGAGGCCGUGAAAAAGGGCAAGGAGACCAAAAUGAAGGAUCGGCAGUUCAGAAAGUACGAGGCCACCAUGACUGCAGAGCAAGCAAAUUUUUACCUUCAGGGGCAGAAGUACGACGAUGCGUUGCAGCAUGCCAAGAACGCCUUCUAUCUCUUUGAGAAGAUGGACUGCCAGGUCGAAAUGGCUACGACGCUGAGUACCAUGGUCAUGGCGCACCUAUGCUUAGAACAUCCGCAACAAGCACUGGAGGACACAAAGCGGGCCAUCCGGAUCUAUGAGGGGUUGAAUGACAAGAAGGGAGAGGGCUUGGCCUGGAUCAAUCAUUGCUCUGGUCUCACCAAGAUGGGAGACUUUGAUGAGGCCAUGAAGGUCGCGCACAAGGCGCGCGACAUCUUCGCGAGUCAGAAGCUGCUCAUUGGUGAAGGGCAAUCCUUGGACCAUCUCUCGAGCUUGCACAUGACCAGUGGCGACUUCGCCAAAUCUGCCACCUGCGCGAAACGGGCACGGCAGAUCUUCAACGAGGCAGCCUGUUUCCGACAAGAGGCAUUCAUGGCAUGGGCAGAGGCUGAGGCCCUGUUUGGCCUGGCACAGAGCCAAGCUGAGGACUUCAAAUCUGACCAGGAACUUCCGGAAGUUUGUACCAAGGCAAGUGAGGCGGCGGAAGAAUCCUUGCGCUUGGCGCGAGAUGCAGAUGAUGAGCUGCUGAUGAUGCAUUCCAUGCAGGUGGUGGCCAAGACAAGGAUCAUGUGCUUCAGGCAUUGGGAGGCUGGCCCCUUGGUAGAUGAAUCACUGGAGAUUGCACAGAAGAACAGCCAGCGGAUGGAAGAAGCGUCCCUGUGGUUGCUGAAGGCCCAGAUCUGCAUCUGCGAUGGUGAAGAUGACAAGGCCAAGGAGAACGCAAUCAAAUCGCGGGACAUCUUCGAAGAAGUCGGCAACGACCAGGGCAUGGAGCAGGCGCGGGAGAUCAUUGAUGGUGACUACUUGCGGCAACAGCGGGAGGAAGACGAGCGAGGAAUCACCUCGGCUACUCCCAUGGCCAUGAUGCCUUCAGAGUCGCAGAUGUACGGCUCCGGCGGCAUCGGCGGGCGCAGCGGCGGGCCCGGACCAGGCCAGCCACCUAUGGCCAUGGCACAGGCGCCGGCGCCCUCUGCCGCCGCCCCGGCAGUGCCGCCGCCCAAGGGUGGGCCGACGCUGAAGCAGAUUGAAGAGACGGUCCAAGACAUCGCCAUGUCGUUGAUCGGUGCCGAUGAUCUGGAGAUGGACGCUGCAUUGAUGGACGCAGGCCUGGACUCGUUGGCUUCGGUGGAGUUUCAGAAUACCCUGACCAAGGAAUUCCGAGGUGUUCCAAUGCCUUCUACAUUGAUGUUCGACUUCCCCACGAGCAAAGAGAUUGCGCAGCACAUCAAAGACAACUUCAGAGGUUGAGGCAUGAUGCUUAUCGCUGAGCCGCCGGGUGCAGCGUUGUUAUGGGCCGUUUUUUUUUGGGCGGGCCUCAAAAAAUAGGUUGUUUCUUGC